AUUACGAAAUAACACAAUUAGUAGGAUGAGUCUUGUGGCCCCGCCGCGGCGGUUGCGAAGGCGAUCGAGGUGAAAGUACCGCGGGAGGGGAGGGGAGGUAUAUGAGUGCCCCAUGGGUACGCGCGCUUCACUACUCCGAAGCUACACAGAUAUUUGACACAACAAACAAUGCAGUCCUACGUGUUCUGCCUCCUGGUCGUGGUUGCGGUCGCCGCUGCCGCCCCGCAGCGCGAGGGUGCUGUCUUCUCAAACGAAGCCAUCAAACAGGCCCAGAACACUCAGCUUAUUCCUAAGGAUGCCGUGAUCCAGAAGGUCCAAGAGGGUAUUGAACUCGCGGCCUACCAGUCAAUCCCUGGCAACCAGAGGAUCAACCUGUACGAGAUCCUAGGAGACCAGGUGCCUUCUGAAGUCAUCAACAAUCUGCAGAGCCAGAUUGACCAAGUCGGCAGGAACUGAUUAAUUAAUAUAAGAAGAAACAUGUUUUGAGGAGACUGUUAUGAUGACAAGAAACCCUGCUUAAAAAUUUAAUUGAACUAAAAAUCUCUGAGAGAGCUUCCAACUCAAGUCGCAAGCUUACGUCAUCUACAUAGUUUGUGUGAGCUACAGUUAUUUAUCAACAAAAAUUUAAUGAGAGUUUAUCAUUUUCACUUAAUCCAGCAAUCGACGAUCUCAACCAGUAGAAGAUACUAUAAAAAUCACAAAUUCAUCAAAAUAAUAUUACCGAAACAGUUAGUCGAUUCUGGUUAUUAAAAAAAAUCCGACUUCAACACAUUAUCUACAUUCUCUCAUCUACAGUAUUCUACUCCACGUAGAUAAGCAUGUGAAAACAAGAAUUGGAAAUAUGAAAAUAAGUUUGACACAUUUUGUAAUGAACAUCAUAACUGUCUCUGAUAGCAGCCAUGUCAACAAAUUAGAUAUUAAUUUAUUCGUGUCGAACCAGUGGAAGGUGCGCAACGGUAUUUUGUAUGUUUGUAUAUAAAAGAAAAAUGUUAUUUAAAAAUAAAGAUGAUCGUGUUUUA